CGGCCCUGUCUGAGAGUAUAUAUUAGGGUCGACGGAGAAGUUUCAGUGAGGUUUUGUCUAAAUUAGGGUUCUGCACGUACCCAGUGAGAGGUGAAAGAGGAGGAGGGAAAAAGGGGAAAAGAGAAGCCAUGAGCAGGAGUUUGGGAAUACCAGUGAAGCUGCUUCACGAGGCUUCAGGCCACGUGGUGACGGUGGAGUUGAAGAGCGGUGAGCUCUACAGAGGAAGCAUGGUGGAAUGCGAGGAUAACUGGAAUUGUCAGCUCGAGAGCAUCACCUAUACUGCUAAGGAUGGGAAGGUUUCACAGCUUGAACAUGUAUUUAUAAGGGGCAGUAAAGUCAGGUUUAUGGUGAUUCCAGACAUGUUGAAGAACGCACCAAUGUUCAAGCGUCUGGAUGCUAGAAUUAAGGGUAAGGGAGCAUCACUUGGAGUUGGUCGGGGUAGAGCUGUUGCAAUGCGGGCUAAAGCUCAAGCUGCUGGCCGUGGAGCAGCUGGUAGAGGUGUUGUACCGCCUGUACGGAGGUGAUUUGUAUCGUGUCUCAGUAUUCAGCUAUGAAUGAUAAAUCCUAUUGAUCAAGAUCCUCAAAAUUGGCGUAAAAGUUUGACUCCUGUUUGGAUGAGAAGAAGAAUUAGUGGAAUUCCUUUUAUUUGGAUCUUAUUAGGCUGCUCUCUAUAUAUAUGCAUAUUUUGGAUGUGCCGAAUCUUUUUAACUCUACAUGUAUCCCCUUCCGGAGAUUGUUUCUAUUGUUAAUGUAAUGGUUGUUUUUGGUGCA